AUGCCACACAUGGAAUCUGAGACGCAACCUCCAGCUGCGUCCUCAACGGAGCAGCUGGACAGACUACCUUUCCCCCCGGUUACAUACUCUCACAUUUUGAACUGCUCAUAUCACUCCUGGUACCCAAAGUACCGCACUCUCGCACCCAAGUCCCGCGCACUCCCCGCACCAACAUCUUUCAUCACCUACCUCCGCGGCGACAGCAUCGUCCUCCCACCAGAAGACAAACCCCCGAUCGACUCCGACGACGAUGACGAUACCUUCUCCGACGACGAAACCGAAGAAGCCCCAGACCCGUCGACCGAAUGGAAAGACUUGCACACCCAAGUAAAGAACACAAUCAAAGAGUUCGGAGGCAACGUGACACCAAAAUUGAACUGGAGCGCACCCAAAGACGCAACCUGGAUAGCAGCAACCAACGACCUCGAAUGUCGCAGUGCAAACGACGUCUACCUCCUACUCAAGAGCAGCGACUUCGUCACGCAUGACCUCGAACACGCCUUUGACGACUGCGUCCCGGAUACCGACACCGGCCCCGCAACAGAACCCGAGAUCCCUUACCACCUCGUCCUUCGCAAAUACGCCAACUUCAACCCCUCUCUUGAAUUCAGAUGUUUCGUGCGCAACCGUGUCCUUCUGUGUAUGUGUCAGCGCGACCAAAACCACUACGACUUCCUCUUCCCAAUGCGCGAUGCCCUUCGCUCGCGGAUUCAGGCGUUUUUCGAUGAGAAGUUGAAGGAUACAUUCCCGGAUCCUAACUUUGCGUUUGAUGUCUAUCUGCCUCAGCCGCACCAGCGGGUCUGGCUUAUUGACGUCAACCCGUGGGCUGAGCGGACGGACCCGCUGUUGUUUAGUUGGUUGGAGAUUUUGCAAAUGAAGGAUCCGGUGAAUGUGCAGGAGGAAGAUGAUUUCCCAGAGGGAGGAUUUGUCCGUAUUUCAUUGAAUGAGAACGGGAACCCCACUCUCCAGGAAUUUGGCGCAAAUGGUGAACUUGCCGAAUCCGAGUCUGAGUCCGAGUCCGAUGAAGAGGAAGACCCGGCAAAUGAAGACGACGACGCACCAUUCCUCCCAGAGUUCCGUCUAAUCAAACGCGACGACCCCGAGGCAUACGCAUUCACAUCACCGCAGUACUCGGCGCAUAAGAUGCCCAAGGAAGUAGUUGAUGCGUCGCUUGCUGGACCGGGUGGGAUGAGCGAGUUCCUGGGGAAGUGGCAGGAUAUUCUUGCUAAGCAGAUCGAGGAGGAUCAGGCGGCGGAUAGUGAUGAUUGA